GUUUCUCUUGACUCCUCAUUUGUUGUUUAGAAUGAUUGUUUGUUCUCAUUCAGAAACCCAUGGAUUUAGAAUGUUGUUACUACUACGCUUUAUAUGGAACAAUUCAAUGUCUACCAAAGGUUGAGAGGGAUUUAAACCCCUCUUGAUUCCAUUUAUCUGUUAAUAGUCCAUUUCCAUGAAUAUAUCCAUAUGAGAACAAGCUACAUUUUAAAACACUACAUGGACUUUGUGCACUAUGUUGGUUACUUGAAUGUUACCCACAAUCUCAGUCAAUUAACACUAAUUGAACACCAGCAUGCCUUGGUUACACAACAACCAAUCAAGAACUCCUAACUAGAGCGUUCUUCUGACAUCAUCAUUCAGCGCUUGAUAUUGUGUGGGCGCCUGUCAAAUUGUUUGAUUAGUAAGCAUUUCUGAUUUAGUUCAAGGAUUUGCUGGUCUGUUGAAGAAAAAGCAGUAUGUAUGGAUACUUUCACUGUGGAGGAUGCGGUGGAAGCCAUUGGCUUUGGAUAUUUUCAGUGGAAGCUUUCCAUCCUCACUGGACUGUCAUGGAUGGCGGACGCCAUGGAGAUGAUGAUCCUCAGCAUCAUAGCACCUCAGUUACAGUGUGAGUGGAGACUGCCAGGCUGGAAGGUGGCCAUGCUAACAGCGGUGGUGUUCAUUGGGAUGAUGUUCAGCUCCACUCUAUGGGGAAACAUAACGGAUAAGUACGGCAGGAAAGUAGGCCUGAUGAUGAGUAUGGUCUGGGUGCUCUACUAUGGCUUCCUCAGUGCCUUCGCCCCAGGGUAUGGCUGGGUCCUGGUGCUGCGUGGCCUGGUAGGCUUCGGUAUCGGAGGAGCCCCACAGUCAGUGACACUAUACUCUGAGUUCCUCCCAAAGAAGUCAAGGGCCACCUGCAUCAUGUUGGUUGAGAUAUUCUGGGUCCUUGGCGCUGUGUUUGAGGUCCUCCUGGCCAUCUGGAUCAUGCCUUCCAUGGGCUGGCGCUGGCUGCUUGGCCUGUCUACUGCUCCCCUAGUGCUCUUUGUUGUUCUGGGUUUUUGGCUGCCAGAGAGUGCCCGCUUCGAUGUGCUUUCGGGGAACAGGGAAAGUGCAAUGAGAACGUUAAGACGCAUUGCCUCUGAAAACAGGAAAAGCAUGCCCCUUGGGAAACUUAUUGCUGAACAACAGGAGGACCGUGGCAGGAUCCGAGAUCUCUUAACUCCUCAGUACUGCAGAACCACUCUUCUCCUGUGGUUUAUAUGGUUUGCCAAUGCCUUCUCCUACUAUGGCUUGAUCCUCCUAACAACUGAGCUGUUCCAGUCAGGAGAGGUGUGUGAUGUCAUCACCCACGGUGCCAAAACUGAGCCAAAGUGUGACCUUGAAUGCAAAUACUUGACGAUAGAGGACUACAAAGACCUUCUCUGGACCACCAUAGCUGAAUUUCCAGGACUUUUUGUGACAUUGUUUGUGAUUGAUCGGAUCGGCAGGAAGAAAAGCAUGGCAAUGUGUUUCCUGAUGUUCUCUGUGUGCAUUCUGCCCCUGUAUGCUUGUAUUGGAAGAGUGGCUCUCACAGUCUUCAUCUUUGUGGCGAGAGCGUUCAUUUCUGGGGGAUUCCAAGUGUCUUAUGUCUACACCCCUGAGGUGUAUCCCACAUCCAAUCGAGCACUUGGAAUCGGGACCUGCAGCGGCAUGGCCCGGGUGGGUGCUCUCCUGACUCCGUUUGUGGCCCAGGUGCUGCUCAAGACGUCUGUUUACAUGACCCUGUCCGUGUACUGCGUCUGCUGCCUGCUGGCUGCGGUGGCCUCCAUGUUGUUGCCCGUUGAGACCACGGGGCUUGGCCUGCAGGAGUCCUGUACAAUCGCAGGUGCUCAAGAGAUGAAAACAACAAGCCAGAUGUCAAAUGUCUCUGAGGCUUCACCCACAGAGACCAGCUACUGACCAUCCCAUAAUGGCUGAAGAGGAUAUGGGGUGGUGUUGAGAGGGCUUUAUUUCCAUCUGUCCCAUAGAUGCCACAUAAAUGGACAGUGAAGCUGAAGGAGUGGAAACGCGACACUGACGUCCUGAUUUGGAAGAGCCUUCUGGUUAUAUCACCUUAGCAAGACUACAUUUGCACAAUUACUUUUUUAAUAGGACUUGGACAGAUUCUGAAUUCAAAUUGUAUGUCUGUUAAUGGGUUUUGGUGGAAUUCUUUUGAUAAAUUAAGAGAAUAAACAUGCCAAUAAAGAAUAUCUAUUACCUUCA